AUGGAAUCCAUAAUACAUAACGUUCGUCGGUCAAAAUUUUUCAAAUUUACUCUCGUAAUAUCCAUUUCAUUGGUUUUUGUUAUAUUAGUAUACAGAACAGAUCGCUCAAAUCGUUUAUCAAUUCCUGUUUUCGUAUCGGAAUUUGAUGAAGCAGUUAAAAUAAUAUCUGGUCUUCGUCUUAAGUCGACUUCUCUAUACGGUCUAAAGUAUCGAGCAAUGAUUUGUACAAUCGUUCGAAAUGAUCCACAUCUUUUAGAAUUUCUUCUACGACAUUUGAUAACUGGCUUUUCUCAUAUUGUCAUCUAUGACAAUAACAGGAUUUUGUCUGGUUAUGAUAUGAAUAUCAGUAAUCUUCUUGCACCAUUUAUUGCUGCUGAUGUAGUGACUCAUAUUCCGUGGUAUCAGAAUACUACUAAUUUACUUCCGAAUGAUAUUAAAAAUCAAAAUAGUGUCGAAUGUUUAAAUAAUUAUGCGAAAGAUGCUGAUUGGGUGGCUAUUCUUGAUACAGAUGAAUAUUUUUACUAUGAAAAGAAAAAUACUGCUGUGAAUACUCUCAAUGAUCUACUGUUGGAACUAGAAAAAAAUCAUAGAUGUGGAGUUCACGUUCCAUGGACCAUGACGUAUGGUGAGGCAAAAGUACUCAGACAGAAUAAAACAUUGUUUGAAGCCUAUCCUCGUAUGUGUGGAAUUUAUGGAUUAAAUAAAGUUUUAGCAAGAGCAGCAUUAGCAAAUUUUAAUAUUCCACAUGGUACAUCAUGCAAAUUAAAUAAUUAUUCUACAGCAUCACUAGGUUCGAAUAACAUCUCAAAAACUUCAUUAGUUCAUUACUAUAGUAAAUCAAUGGAAGAACAUCUCGUCAAAGUCGAUCAAAGUAUUCCACCAUACAUUAGAGUACCCAUAAGCUCUUAUCGUCUAAAACAUAUUUGUACACGUGAUAAGGUUAAAUACGCAGAAGAUUAUGAAAAUGCUUUUCUUCGAUCUUACAAACGGCUUGAAGCAAUGCAUUCAUUGCAAAUCGUUAAUUUACGACCUUCACCUAGUCUUAACAUAAAACAAAUGACCGACUACGCUCUUUACAUUCAUCUUAAAUAUCGAUGUGCUAAACGGCAUGAGUUCGAUAAUGAUAAAUAUUUGUCUAUUAAUCCAAGUGUCAAAGAACAGGUCAAAAAUGGUUCUCUUCCCGAUGGUUUCUAUCAUUUCAUGGCUAAUUUUUUGAAGGGAGCUGUGGGGUGUUGGCGAACACAUAACGAUUCAUUCUGUGAAUAG